AUGGAAAUCAGUAAUCGCAAAGACAUAGAAAAAUUGAUAGCUUAUAGCAAAAGUAUUCAAGUUGGUCUUAUCGAAGAUGUAUUUAUCUGAGCUAUCCCAGGAUUUCAAUGAUCAAUAUACUCCUCCUGAGAAAUAUGUCUAUGAUUUAGAACCUAUUCCUAAUAUUAAAUUAGAAGAAUUUGAUACUAAUCUAAAUGAAGAUGAAAUGCUUAAAUUAUUGAAAUAGAAUGUUCAAUCUGCAAAAAUGAAAGAUAGUAUAAGCAGUGAACCAAAUAGUCUAGAGAGUCAAGAUUCUAUUAUAAGGAGAUCUACUCCUCCUAAACCUAAAUAAAAAUAAGUUGAUCCUCUUAUUUAAAUCCCUGUUUAGAAAAGCUAAACUACUGUAGAUAUGACAGAAUAUAAUAAAGUUCCUGAAGAAGUAUUAUAAUUAUUGGAAGGAACAAAAGAACGUAAAUCAAUGUUAGGUGCAGCUAUCAAAAAUACUAAAGGAACAAGUUUGUUCUUAUAAUCUUAAGGAAAACCUAUUAAAAUUUAUUUCUUUAACACUCAAUAAAAUAUUCAAAUAAAUGUCACUAAAAAUACUACAAUUCUAUAAGUUAUCAGAAUGAGUAUAACUGAAUAUUAAAAAAAUAAUAAUUUUGAUUAGAUAUUACUUAGAUAUCCUAAUAAUGUUGAUGCAUAUGAAAUAAGAUUUAUUGAUGAUGAUUAUGAAUUUAAAGCAGAAAUGGCUUUUGGUGCAAUUGAUAAAAAAAAAGAAAUCUUAUCUACUUAGACAAAUGUUUUCUCUCUUAUUGAAAUAAGUAAUUAUAAAUAACAAUCCAAUGAUAAUAUGUAUAUAUUUGAAAAAAAUAAUCCAAAUAUGAUUUUGAUUGACGUACUUAUUAUUGAUUAAAACCCUGAAAAGAAUAUCAUUACAAAAAUUUAAUUAGAUAAAAACUCCACUGUAGAAGAUAUAAUUAUUCAGAUUAGUAAAAAGUAUAAAUAAGUAAAUUGUUCCAAACUUAUUUGUAGAUCAAUCAAGUAAAUUAUAUUAUACAAUUAAAUGAUGAUGACACUCUUUUAGAUCUUGAUUUAAGAAUGCCUAUAGCUUAAUUAUAAAAUAAAAAAAUAUAAAUCAAAUAAAAGACUUGGGCAGACUAAGCUGAACCAUAAUUCAAUAAUAGUCAAAGACGAGAUACUAUUACAGAGUAGGAUGAUUAUGUCGAUGCUCCAUUAAAUCAUAUCCAAGCAUUUAAAUAUGAAAAAUUUACUGUUGUCAAAAUAAAUGAAAGAGGAAAAAGAUAGGAUAGAAUAUUAGGUAUUGAUCAAUUCAGAAUUUAUAAUAUGAACAAAAAAGAAAACUUAGGUAUCUUCUCAUCUUAGAAUAAUCUUAGGAUUGUUUGAAAGGAUUUUAACUAAUAAAAACACUGGUACAAAGUUUCCAGAAAGAUUAAUAGAAGAUAUAGUCGAUAUUCGUAUUGCUAAUUAAUUUUUAUACAUUACUUUUAGAUAAGAGAGUAAUUUCUAUAAUAUUAUUUUAUAGAUGAUUUCAAAGAAUUGAAAUUUGAUACUUUAGAUUCUAAAAUUGCUUAAAAGAUCUAUAAGAAAAUUCAUUUUAUUAGAGACUUUUAGAUUACAACUUAGAAAGUUAGAACUUAUAGUUAAAAAUUAGAUUGA